AUGAGCCGUCCCUGUCAUUUUGAUACACCACCUUCGUCUAGUCCGACUCCUAUGGCUAAGCUGCAUCGUGACACUCGUAGCACGUACCAGCGCCUCCGAUUUGAUAUGGACUCUGGUGGCAGGUUUCUUGUGGCUGGUGAUGAGCAUGGGCUAAUACGUGUGUGGACAUGGUCAUCGAUCUUUGCGCAUGGUCGAGAGUCUAUGCAUGCCAUCAAGCCUAUCUACGAAUGGCGUGCACACAAUGGUAUGUUCGACUACCUAAUUACGUUCUUUAUAUUUAUGUAA